AUGGAUAAAUAUAAAUCAAUAAAUGAAAAAUUAGAUAUAAAAAUUGAAGAAGAUGAAGAAAAUGAUAUAGGUUUUAAAGAAGAAAGAUAUAAUAGUCAACAAGAAGAUGAACAAUUAAAAAAAGAUCUCACAAUUUGUGAAAGGUUUGGUGUAGAUAGUUGUCUCAUUUCAAGAAUUAUCAUUUUCGUUGUUAUUUUUUCAUGGAUUAUCUUUAUAUUUUACAUAUCAUUAUUUGAAUAA